GCAGGUACAGGAGAAUCAUGAGGUUCAUUCUGCACGUGGCUUUGAUCACAACCACUUUGGCCAUGGCCCCUGUCCGCUUUGACAGGGACAAGAUACUCCGCGUGGAGCUCCAGGAUGAGAAGCAAGCAAACAUCAUCAAAGACUUAGCCAAAACCCAUGAGCUGGACUUCUGGCAUCCAGACGCUUCCCACCACGUGGCUGCUAACAUGACAGUGGAUUUCCGAGUUAGAGAGAAGGACUCCCAGCCUGUCCAGUCCGCCCUGGAUCAAAAUGACAUGCAUUAUGAGAUCCUGAUUCCCGAUCUGCAACGGGAGAUUGAGAAACAGUUUGAUGUUAAAGAAGAUACCGUGGGCAGCCACAGCUAUGCUAAAUACAACAACUGGGACAAGAUCAUGGCUUGGACUGAAAAAAUGGCACGCAAGCAUCCCAAAAUGGUCUCUCGCAUUAAAAUCGGAUCUACUGUUGAAGACAAUCCAAUCUAUGUCCUCAAGAUUGGGAAAAACGAGGGAAAAAGAAAGGCUAUUUUUAUGGACUGUGGCAUUCAUGCACGAGAAUGGGUGUCCCCGGCAUUCUGCCAGUGGUUUGUCUAUCAGGCAACCAAAAGUUAUGGAAAAGACAGAAUUAUGACCAAACUUUUGGAUCAAAUGAAUUUUUAUGUUCUUCCAGUGUUUAAUGUUGACGGAUAUAUUUGGUCAUGGACACAGGACCGCAUGUGGAGAAAAAAUCGUUCUAAGAACCCAAAUUCCAACUGCACUGGAACUGACCUCAACCGGAACUUUAAUAUCUCGUGGAAUGCUUUUCCUAGUACCGAUAACCCUUGUAAAAGUAUCUACCGGGGCCCUGCACCAGAGUCUGAGAAAGAGACAAAAGCUGUUGCUGACUUCAUCCGAAGCCACCUGAACUCUAUCCAGGCUUAUCUCACCUUCCACUCAUAUUCCCAGAUGCUGUUGUUUCCUUACGGGUUUACAUCAAAACUGCCACCUAACCACAAAGACCUGGCCAAGGUUGCAAAAAUGGGCACCGAAGCUCUGUCAACUCUAUAUGAAACCCGCUACAUCUACGGCCCAAUAGCAUCAAUACUUUACCCAACAUCAGGCAACUCUUUAGACUGGGCUUACAAGAUGGGCAUCAAAUACACAUUUGCCUUUGAGCUCCGAGACAGAGAAAGAUUCGGUUUUCUCCUUCCAGAAUCUCAACUGAAACCAACCUGUAAAGAGACCAUGCUCGCUGUCAAACUCAUUGCCAAGUAUGUCCUCAAGCAUGCCACCUAGAGACCUGCCCUCACACUGGAUAAGCCAAGUCAUCCCUGCUGUCCCUUCUGCCCACUCAUCCAUGUCCACAGGACACAGCUUUCAUGUCACCAGAACAGGCCUCUCUAGCUCACUGGUAUCCUGUGUGACUUCUUCCCUUGAGUAUGCUCAGCAGCAGCUUAACAAACCAGCAUGAACUGAUAGCUUUUAACUGCCCUUCUUUGCUCCAAAUGAAUUCUGAUCCAGGAAGAGAACAUUACUUCCAUUAUUUUUGAAAGAUGAUGCAGUAUCUCUAAAACUAGGUUUCCCAGAAAUCACAUUUCAUCAGAAUCCUCUAAUUCUCCAGGAACAGAGUCUCACCAUGUAGCUUCUUCGUGCCAUAUGCUAAUGCAGUAACAACUAAUGGGCACCACUAUACUUUAAAAUGCAUAUGUAGACUUACAUAUCAAUAAAAAAUGAAAUAAAUAUGCAAAGGCGCAUCUCCUGUUUUUGAUCAACUACAUUCUCUACAUUUGUCUGCUAGUUAAUAAAAAUGAAUGCCUCUCCAGCAAUCCAGAACUCUUGAACUAUCAAAACUGCUUGAGCAGG